CACAGCCGGCGGAGCUGGAACAUGUUCUCUCUUAGCUUCAGCUUCACUGAUGUGUUAUGGUUUCUUCUGGCUUCAUGUUUCCUUUUAGCUUUCUGUGCUCACAAACUCUCAACAUAUCUGCCCAGAAAAUAUGAAACAUGUCGUCUUUAUGUUUUAUUUCAGGAUCUUAUUCGGUACGGGAAAACAAAACCAAACCGGAAACGAGCCUGUGACGUCCCCAAGAGAUGGUUCUGGCACUUCUACGCCAUCUCUGUUGGCUGGAAUGGUUUUCUUCUGGCUUUGUACCUGAACUCCAUAUUUCAGAAUCAGUCUUUCCCGUCAUGGCUGACUGGAAUAUUAGACAUUUUAACAGGAGCACCGAACACCGACAGUCAGGUCCCACAGCUGUCGACUCUGCUGGUGCAGCUGCUGCUCUGCGUGCACUCCCUCAGGAGGCUGCUGGAGUGCCUGUUUGUUAGCAUCUUCUCUGAUGGAGCCAUUAAUCUGGUGCAGUACUUGUUCGGUGUGUUCUAUUACAUCGUACUCGGGUUGACGGUGCUCUGCUCGGAUCGUCUGGGAAAAGGGACUGGUACCCUCCUCUCUCAGCUGGACUGGUUUCAUGUGGCUGGAACCACACUCUUCAUUUGGGCCUCACUGAUGCAGCAUCAGUCCACAGUCCUGCUGGCCGGGCUUCGCACUGGAAAGACAGGAGCGGUGGAGACGUUGGCUCACAGGAUGCCAGAGGGAGGCUGGUUCCAGCUGGUUUCCUGCCCGCAUUACUUCGCUGAGCUGCUGAUCUACGUCUCUCUGAGUCUGGCUGUCGGAGGUCUGUCUCUCACCUGGUGGCUCGUCGUCCUCUAUGUGCUCUUCAACCAGGCUCUGGCAGCGCAGCUCUGUCACGACUUUUACAUCAGCAAAUACGAGGCGUACCCGAGGCACAGAAAAGCGUUUAUACCUUUUGUGCUGUGAGGACAUGUGUUUUUAGCAGAACUGUUAAGUCCAAGAAAAAAAUUUGUCAGAGACUUCUGAGGAUUUUAAGGUGUCGGAGUAAAACUCACCUCACUGUCAGCAUUGAUUGACAGGAUGCUCUCGACCAAGUGAAGCCGACAGGACAACGAUGUCUGAAAGCUCUCAAGGGAGAAGAGGCGUUGAAUUACUGCACAGAAAGAAUUCUCUCCAGGUGAAGACUGGCUCUACCUCAUUAUAACAAAAACAGCUCGACUAGCUGUUACUAGAAAACUGAACAAAUGAUGAAUGACACAAAUCACUUGUUCAUUGCAAAAUCUUGUUUUUGUUAUAAUGAGGUAGAGUCAUGUAUAUAAAACGACACUAAUUUAUCUUGUUGUAACACACAAGAAACAUGUUGAUAAAUAAGGCUUUUUUUUCUCGAAAUUGAGGCUUUGACUGAAUAUUUUUCUUGUUACAUCAACAUUUAUAAUGUUUUCUACAGCAAAACAUUCCAGCUCAUCUUUCAUAAUGACAAGGUUUUGUUAAAAUAUGUGGUCACGUCACAAUAACACAAGGAUAUAAAUGUGUUGUGACACGCAAGUUAUUUUGUUAUAAAUAAAUAAAAAUCUUAUUGAUGUGAAAAACUGGAAUGACAAUGACAAUAUCCUGCUGUUGUAUAAAUAUUAGGAAGUUGUAUUUUGACGAACUGCAACAUUAAAUCAUUUUUGUUGUUUUUGAAUACUUCACUUCUACCCAAUAAAAAGGAAA